AUGCUUGAUCGGGUGAUAGGCCAAAUCAAUAAUCUCUACAACGCGAUAUUCUGGGCUCUCCUUCAGCAAGGUGGCCUGACGCACACAGCUGUGGAAGAGCUUCUUAGAGGUACCGUGUCAAGCGACGAGAGUUUCUUUGGUCGCGAUUUAACAUCAAUGAUAAUAACGAAUUGGAGGUGUGCAAGAAAGUGGAGCGUGGUUUUCCGUAAGUACUCGACAGAGGACUUCGAAGCCACUGGGAAUAAGUUGAAGGGGAAGAGGGUCGAGGCUGGUACGUGA